AUGGACGCGCCGCAGCAUCCCUUCUCUCUGGUUUCCCAAAAUCUUUGUUCUAUUGGAGCUCUAACAGUGGACGCGUAUCUUAACAAUUUACCCAACGACUGCCUCUCAGACCUGCGAAAGUCAACCCAGGGGAAGAAGUUCGAAGGCAGUCAUCCACAUGGCAUCUCCCCUAUCACCCGCCUGGCACAAGCCUGUAGCCGUGCGUUCAGCCUACCAAAUCUCAUAAACUACGAACUUCUAGAGAAGAAUGACACGACUGGCGUUCACUGGAAGUGCAUCUUGACAAUUAGUCGUCCUGAUGGCCAAGCUCGUUCAUACCAGACGGAGUUCGUUCAUUCACGCAAACAGGAUGCUCGAACCGGCGCGGCGAACGUCGCCUUGCGGCUAGGUGCCAUCGAGUUCAUUACUUCCUUCGGUUGUAACUCGAGUUCACGACGCUCGUGCGAUACACCUGCCCUUGUGAAUGACGGCGCUGAGACCAUCAACAACGUCGAGAAAAUCGAAUCUCUUUGCAAGCAAUGGCACAACGAACAGGUCACUCCCCAAUGGACUCAGUUCAUGGUCGUCGACCAACAGAAUCGGGGCUCAGGAGCGGCUAAAUACGGUGCUGCGUUACGCGUCCAACUUUCCCCUCAUCUACUGGAAGUUUAUUCUACCGAUGUAACUUUUCUUUCCUAUUCGGAGGCCCAAGCCACAUGCGCCCGCGAAGCUGUCGACAGUGGUGUGCUGGAGUUCAUCCGGUCUGCGAGUAGCGGAGCCUCCCAAGAACCGCAUUUGGCCAGUAUGCCUCCAGCUCCAUCAAGUUCAAACGACCACAUGACCUUGCAUACCUUCUUUGAUGCUCUACCUAAGCCAUUUCCCGACUUCCCAGAUCCCCAUGCCACGACUGUUGCUGAGCUACCGCGUGCUCCUGUAGCAUAUGUCAAUAAUGCUCUUCAGUCAUGUCGAGGCGCCCGUUUCAGUGCACAAUACAUUUGGAAUAGUGAUUAUUCCCACAAUCUCCACGGAUGCCUCCUUCGUGUCUGUCGACCGAAACAUACCAGGUCCUAUCUGGUGGACCCAAUCUUUCACAAACGCAAUGACGCUAAGUCGGCCGUUUGUCUUUUGGCUUUUUCUCAAGGCCUCGGUUCGUACAUUCGCUCGGUUGCGGAAGAAAUCGAGCGUCAGGUUACACCGACAAUGCGCAAAGCUGUAACAGAGCGAGUUCUUUCAACGAUAUCCUCAAUGUGUGUCAAAGCCUCAAACUUACUCCACGAACCUGUCCAGGCAUAUGAAUAUCGCGUGGACAACGACGCUGUAGGAUGUACGUUGAAACUGCCCAUGUUGGCCACCUAUGACGCCAAAGCGGGAGGGCAGAAGCUUCAGUUCAAAACGUAUGUAGCGGAUAGCGUUUAUGCAAGCAAGGCAGACGCCAAGAUUGCAGCUGUAUGGCAAGCAUUCAAUGACGAAGACGUCAACUCCGGGUUUCAAAUCCCCACCUCGUCAACAAAUCCUACCGUCAAUGGGCCAAAGGGCAAGCGCAAAGCAGCUGACGCCGAGCUAGAGCCAGGUGAACUCAACCCAGAACCAUCCAGCAGUUCAACCAAAGCUUCCAAGCGACGGAAGCGACGGAAGUUGACUGCUGGUUCGCACCGCAUGGGCAUGCAGAGCGACGAUGAGGAUGACAGUCAAACCGCACCUUCGAACGCAAAGGAUGUCUCGCAAGCUAAGCCGAUGCCUAGCGCAGCUGGGCCUUCUCGACCGAAGCCAUCUACAUACAAGUCUCGUUCUGCAAUGAAUGCAGGGCGACUUGGUGGAGAUAGUCAGGCUCGAAUUAGGUCCGUUGACGCAGGGCUCCCGAGGCUGACGCCGAUGCCCAUGUACCCUACGGAUCCGGUCUCGAUGUACCCUUCACCUAUAGUCCCAUACUACCACGUCAGUCCGCCGGAUUAUAGGCCCCCUUUCCCGCAUGCACGCAGAGGAGACCCGUACGGCGAUGCAGCCUCGAGGCUAUGGGCGAUGCCAUACCCUCAUCCCCAUAUGCCGAGUAUGAGGGAAGAUCGUCACUAUCAACAACAACUGUACGUCCCGCAGCCUCCAAGCUAUCCACGACAAACGUAUAUCGGCGCGCCAGCCAGUGCGCCAGCGUGUCCAGCCAGUAGACCACCAUUUAUGGGUUCAGAGGUGGAAGAAGGCGAGACUUUGGACUGGACUUAA